CAUGCUCAACAAUCGUCUUUUUCGGCGUAAAAGAGUGGCAAAUGACAGUAUAGCUAACAGUAAAAAAGCUAACCAUCAAGCCAUUUUAUAAGAAAAUUAAGACAACUCACGUGCAUUAGCAACAUAUAAAUACAUGUUUAUAUCUUGAUUUAAUUGAUACUCAUUUAUUUAUAAACAUAUAAACAAUUAAAUAAUAAAAAAUGGCUCUUAUACCGCUUGAAUCUAAUCCAGACGUGAUGACCAAGUUUAUUCAUCAACUUGGAGUACCAUUAAAAUGGUCUAUUAUAGAUGUUUAUAGUCUUGAUCCAGAAGUUCUAGCCAUGGUUCCAAAACCGGUACUUGCUCUAAUUUUACUUUAUCCAGAAUCUGAAAAGGUUCAUGAAUAUAAUGCUGAAUUAGAGGCCAAAAUCAAAGCAGAGGGUAAAGAACCACCGUCCAAUGUCUUCCAUAUGCAACAGUGUGUAUCAAAUGCGUGUGGCACAGUCGCUUUAAUUCAUGCUGUUUUAAAUAAUUUAGAUCAGAUUGAGUUACAAGAUGGAUUAUUUAAAGAUUUCCUUGAAAAAGCAAAAGAUUUAUCAUUCACGGAAAGAGGUAUGUUAUUAGUCAAUACUGCUAGUGACAUUAUGGAUACUCAUGAGCAAUUAGCACAAGAAGGACAGACUCCCGUGCCUCCAAAAAACGCACCAGUUUAUCAUCAUUUUGUAGCUUUUGUUGAGAAAGAUGGUUUCUUAUACGAAUUAGACGGACAAAAAUCACUACCAAUAAAUCAUGGACCAACGACUAAAGAUAAGUUAUUGGAAAAUGCAGCCCGAGUUUGUGGACAAUAUAUGGCAAGAGAUCCUGAUGAAGUUGGCUUUACAACGGUUGCAUUGGUUCCAACUGAAUAACAUAUAUAUAAUCAAAACUUUGAUAUUGUCAUGACAUAUUUUUAAGAAUUUCUUUCUCGUGUCAUACACUUAAAGUUGUUCGAUCAUUAAGCGAAUUUAAAGAUUAAUCUAUAAAAAUUGCAAAAGUGAUAGCUAAUAAUUCAAAGAAUUCAAGUUCGCUUUAUCAAUAAAUAUCACUGUUUUGUUUAGCAAUAAUAAAUGUAUAAAGUUCAGUUAAACACUAAACCCAAUGGCACCAAUAAAUUUCUCGUAAACAAAACGGUCAAAAGUUUCAUAAUUUUGUAAUAAAUCAGUUCUAAUUGUUAAGUUUGAUUUAAUAUCAAAUAUUGUCAUUUAUCUUUAAAUUAAAUUUUAACAUAUGUUUUCCCUGAACUAUACUAUUUUUCGUGAUCGAACAACCUUAAAUAAGUUUAUACAGUAAAUGAAUGUGAUGCUUUUAUACUUAUAAUCAAUGAAAUUCAUUGUAUUAUUCAAUGGGACCCGAAAUUAUAUACUGAAAAAAAAAUCAAACAAAUCAAAAAAGAAAAACAAUCCAUUGAAGUUAUUUUAUUUUAUUAAAUUUUUACUCUUGCAUUAACAAUAAAUUUUUCAGUGAUUUCUA